GGCAGUUGGAAUGGUCAGUUCAGCAAUCAAAUCGACGACUCCCGAUGAAAUAACCUAUAGGAACAUAAGACAACGAGCCGUAAUAUUGCUCGUAUUUGUAUGUUCUCUUCCCUAAACCAGACCGGUAGCAUGAUAACCACAGUAUCAGAAACCAGUCAGGCAAAUUCCAGUUGUGCCCCUAGUACACUGAAAUAGAUGUUAUAUUAUUGACUUUAGUUUCAUCUUAUAGUGUAUGCCCCCAAAAGUCUAAAACUACCUAAACUAAAGCAUAAAUAUAAUCUUAUGGGAUUGGAUAUCCGAAUAUCUAACCUAGUUAGCUUAAUGGUUGCCUCAGUUGCAUUCGUACCUUCCAAAGUCAUAACACCAAAACUACCUAACCUAACCUAACCUAUGCAAAUAUCCCCUGGCCCGGAACCACGGUUGGUCUCGUUAAGGUGGCCUAACAUUAUUCUUGUGGCAGCUAUUCUCCUUACUACUUUAGCACGCAUUUCCCCCUCAGCUUCGCCCCUUUUUUCUUCCUCCAGCAUGGCUCCUAGCAUAUCGGCUGCGUGCUGGAUUUGGAAUAUUUUUCCUGUCCGGGCUUAUACAUGCCAUGACGGCUUAGAAAGCUGGCCGGGGCGAAGCUCGUCGUGAUUUGCUCUUUUUCUGUGCCAAUUAUCUUGCUGUAGGGGGUGAGAUCUUCGUUUGAAGACUUCUUAGAGGCUUGGUGCAGAAAACAAUGUUUGAAGCACUACUAAGGGACCAGAGAAUGCGCGUCAUCGGAAAAGCUUUGGGUUUUAUAUGGGGUUUUGUUGGUUCUUCUGGUCAGCGCCUAGGUGGCUCUGUCCUAAGACUCUCCGUUGGUAUUUGAAGCAGGCAAUAUUACGAUCACGAACAUAGACAAACUAGAAUACGUAAAUCACC